UAUUAAUGGUUGAUAAUAAUUCCUAAAAAAAAAUAAACGAGCAUGACACAAACUAUCGACGUUGAAAACUAUUAAUUGCUUUAUUUAAUUUUUUGAACUAUUUAUUUUUUGAGCGAAUUUACAAUUUUUCUAAUGGAACAGCAAUAUAACCGCUGUGAUUAUCCGGCAUGUGGUCAUAUUGAAAGAAAAAAACCAGACCUAAAUGUGGAUAAAGAUAUACUAGCUAAUUUCCUCAGUGAGUCGGACGUGUUGCCGCUGGUCGAGAGUAAGAAGUACGAUUACAUCCGCCGGCGACAUUGCUCGUUAGUCACAAACCAGUUCCUCAAGUGUCGCUGGCUGCAGUUUAAGGAGAAAGCUAUUGGCAGGCAGAGAGCACCGUUCCUGUUUCCUAGCGUCAAGUACUCGUUAUAUACUUAUACUGCAACUAAACUUUUUGGAAACUGAAUGCUGUAUAAAACCAUCUAUUUCUGAUAUUGAAUGAUAAUAUUGUGACGUCAUGACUCAUUAUUUUGUUAUCUAUUGGUUUAUCAGACGAAGGAAUGAAGUUAUUAGGUUUCGACGCUCAGAAAGCAUGGCUGGGUAUUCGUAUUGUCGACAUGGCGUGACGAAAAUGUGGUGGAGGCGCAACGCGUGUUCUCACAUGCUACGUCACGUCUCGCGGGGCAGAUGUUCAUGGGUGAUGGUGAUCACUUACCAUCAGAGGUUGUAUGUAAUCUGGCAAUGGAAAUGGCACUACUUAAUAAACAAACUGUAGAUUGGACGUUAUUCGAUGUAUGUCGAUGCUGUCUGAAAAAUAGAUGCUCAAAUGACAUUUCUUUGGAGACUAAAAUGUCUGGGCGAGAAGAAGCGUACGCUGAUCUCUUGAGAGAUACCUUGAAUAUAGAAAUUUCUUGCCAAACACUUGGUAAGCUCACUGCCAGCAGGGGAAUAUGUGAAGAAUGCAUCACAGAGCUGCAAAAAGCAACGGCAUAUAAAAGAAUGGUCCUUGAAUCUGAAAAAGAAUUUGUAAAUUAUGUACAAAAUCUGCAGAAAUCAGAAGAUUCAAAUGUGAUUGAUAACAGUGAUGUUGAAAUAAAAUAUGAAGAUUUUGCUACUGAAGAUGCGAACUGUGAUGAUAAGUCGGAAAGCAUCUCCACUGAUGAUGAAGUCCUGGCUAAAAUAAAAAACAGUCGGCCGAAAAAAGACAUAUCGAAAAGAGUGAGAGCCAAAUAUGAAGAGUAUCGCAAAAAGAACAGUGAAGCAAAACUUGUGGCCCGAAGCGACGUACAGAGAAUAAUUGAACGACGAGGCAACGGGCCCAUACUGCGCCAGAACUCUCUCCUGCUGCUGUCCAACUCCACCCUCUGUGUGUUCCAGUGGAACCAGAGUCGAUACAGAUGCUUCUGCUGUCAGGAACCAUUCAACGACAUAGAUUCUCUCCGAGAACACAACACCACGCACGACAUUGAGACUAUUGAGAAAAAAAUAAUCACCCAACAAAACAGAUUGGUCAAAGUGGAAGUAUCGAAUAUAUGCUGCAAAUUAUGUAAUGAAAAAAUCGAUAAUCUUAAAACUUUAAAGAACCACCUGUCCACCGAACACGAUGUGGCUUUCGUCUCUAAGGAGCAUUUGCUAGUUCCUUUCAGGUUACAGAACGGCGAGCUCAGGUGCCAAAUAUGUCUUGAAGGCUUUCGCGUUUUCAGGUUAUUGAACAUUCACAUGAACAAACAUUUCCAGAAGCACGUCUGUCAUAUUUGUGGAGCUGGAUUUUCCAACUUAGUGUUUUUAAAUUUACAUAGGUUCCGAUCCCACAAGCCUUUUAAAUGUCAACAAUGUGACGUCAUUUUUACAUCGAAGGCGGAAAAGAAAAGUCACGAAGUAUCUGUCCACGGCGUUAAGUUUGAGCGAAAAUUGCGCUUUCCAUGCCCGUAUUGUUCGGAAAGAUUCUUUCAAGAAAAUUAUCGGGUGUUACAUCUAGUGGAAAAACAUGGGAUGACCAAACCCAAUUACAAUUGUAAUAUAUGCCCUAAAACGUUCAUUACGCGAAGUUUACUGAACAAUCAUAUUAAAAAUGUUCACAAGAAAGAGCGAAACCAUCCGUGCGAGGUGUGCCACAACUUAUUUUACACAAAAUCAGACCUCACCCGACACAAGGUUGUCCACACUGGAGAGAAGAAGUACAGCUGUAACGUGUGCAAGAAUAAUUUUGUGUCGAAGGAUACUUUGCGCCGGCACAUAAAGAGGACUCAUGGACUAAAUUAAUAUUAUUUCAAGAAAAUAACAGUAUUUUAAAUAGGUUGUUUGACUGCCCCGAUGGCGGAGUUAUACUGCAUACGCGGUUCGAAUAUGGCGCUGAGAUCCUGAGUUUGGAUCCCGAAUCGGUUUUUUGACAUGCUUACAAAUGAGUUCAUUCUCCGAAUCGGAUUGAAGAUUGAGCUUGGGAUCGUUUAUUGAAAAUGGAUGAUAGAUGGAAAAGAAAUGUUAAGAAAAAUGCCAUAAAAUGAAUACUACGUAUUAAUUUGUUACGACUAUAAAAUAUAUUGAAUAAUAUGUAUACAUUAAUAGUAUAAUACAUGGAUGAAUGAAUACGAGUACACUGCGUAGGUAUAUAUUGUUAAACACAAGUGGGUAAUAUAUCAAAGAACUAAAUGUGAACAGAAGGAUCGUUUUAUGUUGAAAGAUGUUUUGAGUUAAAAAAUAUGUUUUUAUUUUGUUUAUUUUAGCUGCCAUAGUGGCUAUAUACACCAUUGAUAUGUAAAUGUAGCUCUUGAAUUAUAUACCUUCCAUUUUUAAAACCAAAUUCUGUGUUACGAGCUGCAACCAUGUUUAUAUUAUAAUAUUCAGUAUUAAAUACUUUAUAAAUA